AUGUCGACAUCGGGGACUAUCAGCAAUUAUUAUGUCGACUCUCUUAUAAUGCAUGAGAACGAGGAUCUGCUGCGUCCAGAUAUGCAUCGGGUUCCUCUGGCUCAGUCUUCCAGGCAGGCAGCCCUUGCUGAGCACCCCGAUUUUUCCCCAUGUAACUUCCAGUCUAAAGCGACUGUGUUCAGCACGUCCUGGAACCCGGUCCAUGCUCAGAGUUCUGCAACAUGCCCCGCUGUUUAUCACCCAUACAUGCACCAGGCACCUAUUGCCGCCACGCCUGAUGGUAGGUACAUGCGCUCCUGGCUAGAUCCCAUGCCGGGGACCCUGUCCUUUCCCGGGUUACCUUCCAGUAGACACUACGGCAUCAAACCUGAGCCUGCAGCUGCCCGCAGGAAUGACUGCACUACGUUUGAAACACACACGUUAGCCCUCUCAGAAUAUUCUUGUGGAGCAUCUCCUGGUGAUAAACGUCUGGCCGAGAUUUCCUUUUCUGACAAUAAUGGAGAGGUUGAGUCAAACGCAGAUAAGCUCCACAUGGAUCCAAGUAAAUAACCCUUCCGCAACUGGCUGCAUGCAAGGUCCACCAGAAAAAAACGCUGCCCUUACACCAAACAUCAGACGUUGGAGCUGGAAAAGGAAUUCUUGUUUAAUAUGUACCUCACAAGAGACCGCAGAUACGAAGUGGCCAGGGUUCUCAAUCUCACCGAACGGCAAGUUAAAAUCUGGUUUCAGAAUAGAAGAAUGAAGAUGAAGAAAAUUAAUAAGGAACGGCCUAAAGAUGACCGGUGACACGGAUUUAAAUAUCUUGGAAGAGAAAAGGACUAAUUCACAAUUGCAAUCGAAACAGACCCUGCUUAGAAAGACAUUAUGAACAUUUUAUCAUGCCAUUAGCACAAAUUAUUCCUUUGCCAGUUCUGGACUACACUUGGUGGGAAAGACUACGGGAACCAAAGAGGGAGACAUCUACGGCAAGGUUAAGUCUGUGGCUACGGAAUCUACCUUUACAUGAAAACUACCUUUUCUUAAUCCACCGCUAUUCUAUGCGGACAGUAAUUCAGUAAUACUGUAUUAGUUUAAUAUUUACUUGUUUUACAUGCAGCAAACGAGGCUGCCUAUAUACUUGAAUCCUUGUGUCUGUUGUGAUUAUCUCUGUGACUGGGCCUCUGUGCUUGGGCGGUGUCUGAGUAAAGAUCGUGUAAACAAACAAAAGAAAAAUCUCAAUUCAACUCAGGAUGUUUAAUAUAAAACUAACAGGCUGUGUGUUGGAUAUGAAAUGUUAUUUUCGUGGUGAACUUGGGACAUAUAUUGUAUUAUUUUCACUGUGAUUAACUUGUAAAAACGCCGGGCUUUAUGCUGUCUUUGUGAGACUGAGUAACGGCCUUGCCUGGAUGCAUGACGACUGUGUUGUUCUUCAGCAAAUAUAUGAAACUGAAUUGCAUAGAAUGCUAAUAUAAGUUUUAUUUAAAAGAGCAGCGCUGAACAUACUAUUACAUACACGAUACUAUUGUCUAUUGUGAUGAAAGCACGAAUAAAGUUCUCAAACACUUUGUAUUUAUCGGUGUUGUGGUGCAAAGAAAAGUAUAAGAUUUGGUUUAAAACUACCUAUAUGUAUAACUAGUAACUACCUAUGUUUUGUGUGUAAAUGUCACUCUUAAAACUGUCUAGAUGCAUUUAUGCGAUGAAAAAACAAUAUUGUCAAUAAAUGUAAUGUGUACAAUACAAGGAAAAUAUCUGGGUGCAAUAGAAAGAACAUAUACCGUUAAUGUGUUUUAAGUAGGGUUUUCUUUGGACCUGCCGAGCUAACACAUUUAAACUUGUGUACACG